UGGAAACUAUGGAUACCAACAUACCCGACUUGGCAUUCCACUUCCCUGUCCAGCCACAGCGGGGCACGCUGACCACCUCUGGGAAGCCUAUGCAGGUCCAGCUGCUCUUCCACUCCAAGAUGGAAAUGAACAAUGAAGAUAAACCCAUCCUGCACUGCCAGGUGAUGGAUCCCAGCAUCUCUGAAGGAGGUGAGAUCAUCACCGUGAUCCCAGUGAGGGUGUCGGCGAAAGCUGCAUUCAGCAAGUACAGCAUUUCCCCUGCUUCACUCAUCAACUUUGGUGUCACGCUGAAGGGCACCAGGAAAACCCGCACCUUCACGCUGGAGAACAAAGGCGUCCUGGCCUUUCAAUUCUACAUCCAAGCACUGUCAGAGCGCAGGUGAGAAGACCUGCACCACCCUUCCUGCGGAGGAGGCACCACAUGGUUGCAUGGUUGGCAUGUUAGAGGCAGCCAGGAGAUCUAGAUAAUUGUUUGUGUCACUGGCUUGUGAGCAGAGAAACACCUUGGUAUCCCCACGUGUAGGACAAAGCUGAUGGUAGUGCUGACCUGUCUGUAAGCUACAGCAAUAGGUGCUACAGGCAGCCUUCCAGGAGCCACCAGGAGCAGGAAUGUUAAAAGUAAAAUUGUUUAAUUACACUAUUAGGGUAUACAAAUUCAACAAAGUGUGAGAAAGGAAACUCUUCUUUACAAAAAUACAGUAUAUAUAACCUUGCUGUGCCGCUCAAGAUAAGAUAACUUCUGCAAUUUGUGUACUUUGCUUGCCUUAUAUGGAGAGUGUACUUUGCUUAUUGCUACUCAAGAUAAGAUAGCUUCCUAGCGGAAUGGCAAGGUGUGCACGGAAGAUAUGCAAUGAA